AAAUACAUUCACGUCAGGGUCUGUGAUAAAUACAUUUAGAAUCUGGAGGUGUUAUAUAAACAUUCUGAUUCUGGAAUUCUGAGAAAUACACCCAGAAUCUUCAGUUUAAUAAAUAAAUACAUCCAGGUUCUGGUGGGUUGAUAGAUACAUGCACAAUCUGAUGGUGCAAUAUAUAUAUAUGUAUGUAUAAUGCAGAUCAGGGCAUACUAUAAAUUGAGAAACUAAUUCAGUGGAUGUGCUGGUUGAAUAAAUACAAUAAGAUUUUUAAGUUUAUUUCAUGCAGCAUUAAGAGCAUGCAUGUAAUACUCUAGAGCUGUAAUAACUACAUGCAGAAUCGGAGUUCUAAGAAAUACAUGCAAAACAUUAGGGGUGUAAUAAAUAAAUGCAGACUCUGGGAGUGUAAUAAAUAAAUGCUGAGGUGCAGGGUCCUGCUGCCUGGUCCCAGGAAGCAUCAUGAAUAUUGACGUAGAGUUUCACAUCAGACAAAACUACCCAUGGGCCAAAUUACCAGCAAACGUGAAACAGAGCCUUGGAAACUCUCAAAAGGAAUAUGAGAAGCAUGUCGCCCUGUACAGUAUCAGAAACCAGCUGAGAUACAGGAUUAAUUUAGUGAAACAUGUGAAAAAGGAUGAAAGGAAAUACUAUGAGGAGCUGCUAAAAUACAGCCGAGACCAUCUGAUGCUUUACCCGUACCACCUGUCAGACAUCAUGGUAAAGGGGCUGAGAUUUACUCCCUUUUCCUAUUAUAUAGGAAUAAUGGAGGAUAUUAUGAACAGUGAAAAGAGUUAUGACUCCCUGCCGAAUUUUACUGCUGCCGACUGUCUUAGGCUGCUUUCUAUUGGACGGAACCAAUAUAUUGACCUGAUGAACCAGUGCAGAUCAUCUAAGAAAUUCUUUCGAAGAAAAACUGCCCGGGAUCUGCUUCCUUUGAAACCAGUGGAAAUCACCAUUGAGCCUUGGUGGGUGGUCCAGGCUGGUUACAUCACAGAGGAUGAUAUCAAGAUGUGCAGCACAGCAGAAAAACGCGCUAUUGAUAAAAUUAUUGACUCGGGCCCUCAGCUUGCUGGUUCUCUGGAGUACAACGUAGUGCACAGCUUGUAUAAUAAAGGAUUUAUUUAUCUUGAUGUACCAAUCUCGGAUGAUAGCUGCAUAGCAGUGCCUCCACUUGAAGGAUUUGUGAUGAACAGAUUGCAAGGAGACUAUUUUGAAACUCUUCUUUACAAGAUAUUUGUUUCCAUUGAUGAACAUACAAAUGUAGCUGAAUUGGCAAAUGUUCUGGAAAUUGAUUUGUCCCUAGUAAAGAAUGCAGUCUCCAUGUAUUGCCGUUUAGGGUUUGCCUUCAAAAAGGGUCAAGUUAUUAAUCCAGACCAACUUCACCAAUCCUGGAGGAACGUGGCAUCGUUAAAUAAACUGAAGAGUACUUUGGAUCCUCAGAAGAUGCUGCUUUCAUGGGAAAGCACAGAAAGCAAGAGCCCAGUUCAAGAUCUUGCUUCAUCGGCAACAGACACGGACACAAACAGUCAAGAAGAUCCAGCUGAUACAUCUAGUGUCAGCAGCCUCAAUCUGACAACUGGGCACACUAAAAGAAUUGCUUUCCUAUUUGAUUCGACACUUACUGCCUUUCUGAUGAUGGGAAACCUCUCACCAAACCUUAAAAGUCACGCAGUCACCAUGUUUGAAGUUGGCAAAUUGUCAGAUGAGACACUGGAUAGCUUCCUUGUGGAACUCGAGAAGGUGCAAAGCACAGGUGAAGGGGAAGCCCAGCGAUACUUUGAUCACGCGCUGACUCUGAGAAACACAAUACUCUUUCUGCGUCACAAUAAGGAUCUGGUUGCACAGCCUGAGCUGCAAGGGAAUUCAGGUUUGCAGCUGGACCUUCUGCGAUGUGAAAGCCUGUUGGGGUUGGACCCUGCCACGUGCAGCCGCGUUUUAAACAAGAACUAUUCGCUGCUCGUUUCCAUGGCACCUCUCACCAAUGAGAUUCGACCAAUCAGCAGCUGCACCCCACAGCAUAUUGGACCUGCAAUCCCUGAAGUGAGCUCUAUCUGGUUUAAGCUCUACAUUUAUCAUGUUUCUGGCCAAGGACCGCCCUCGCUCUUGCUAUCGAAAGGAACCAGACUCAGGAAGUUACCAGAUAUUUUUCAGGCAUAUGACCGCUUACUAAUAACAUCGUGGGGUCAUGAUCCAGGAGUGGUUCCAACCUCCAAUGUGCUUGUAAUGUUGAAUGAUGCUUUAACUCACUCAGCUGUACUUAUUCAGGGUCACGGCACGCAUGGCAUGGGGGAGACCUUACAGGUGCCAUUCCCGUUUGAUGAAGCAGAACUACAAGGAGAAUUCUCUAGUGCCAAUAUGGCUGUUCACAAGGCAUUAAAAGCCUUACGAGAGAAAGUUGACCUGGAACAUUUCUGCGGAUACAUCACAAUGCUGAACCCAGCCAGUCGCCAUGUUCACCAAAGCCACAGGAGACUCAGCGAUGCUUCUGAUGGAAAAGAUGAACCUGGCCUUGACUUUAGUUCCGAUGUAAAUGGCAGCACUGAAUCAUUUGAGCUUGUGGUAGAAGAAACAACUUUGGAUUCUGGAAUUAAGGCAAAUGAAGUAUCAACUAUAGAAAAAGACUGGGUUCCGUUGGAUCUGUGCUAUGGAAUCCCGCUGUUUAGUUCAGAACUUAACAGGACAGUAUGCAAGAAAAUUGCUUCGCAUGGACUCUGUGGUAAAGAGAGCCUUCAGUAUCUCCUCCACUCCAGUCGGAAACUUUCUCUUCAAGUUCUCAAUUUUGUUCAAUCAUUCCAGGAGUCCAACCUCACCGUAGAUCAUCUAUCAGAAUCCAAUGCUUCUAGCAUGCUGUCCCAGUCUUGCACAGUGGAUAUUGGUGUUCCCCUUCCGUCAAAGAACUUGAUCUUCCAAAAUGGUGUUCUAUCGGAGUGGAACGGGCAAGCUCGUGUCUCGAAGCAUGAUACGCACAUACGAAGUGACCAGCCCUAACUAUAAAAUAGUUUGUGGCUUAUUUAAAACCAUGCAAAUUUGGUGUUGGUGUUUAUGGCUAUAUUGUAAGUUACGUUAUAGUAGUGUAAUUCUAGAACUUGUGGUCGGUCACUUUCGUGUCUCGUAAUAAAACGGUUGUUCUC